GUUUCAUGCUACAGGUAAAUAACAACACUCAGCAUUAAACACAUAUUGCGUUUCAUUUAUAUCUAUAUUAUUCCUUUGCCUAAAACUUGUUCUCCAUCCAUCAUAUUUCUAUUUUAGCACCGUCAAAUGCGAUGAAGAAGGAUCCAUAUGAAGUCUUGGGUAUCAGUAAAACAGCUUCACAAGGAGACAUCAAAAAGGCAUAUUACCAACUGGCCAAGAAAUACCACCCGGAUACAAACAAAGACAAAGAUGCACGAGAAAAGUUUGUAGAGAUUCAAGGUGCAUACGAAAUUUUAUCAGACGAAUCAAAGAAAGCCCAAUACGAUCAGUAUGGACAUUCCUUCACCGAUGGACCUGGUCCAGGAGGAUUUGGAGGAGGUGCUGGUGGACCUGGCGGUUUCCCUGGCGGUUUCGAUCCAAACGACAUUUUCAGCCAAUUCUUUGGUGGUGGAUUCGGCGGACGUGCAUCAACAGGCCCUGGUGGCGUCGGUGGCGAUCCAUUCCGUACCGUGGCAGGCGAAGAUAUUCAGACACCAUUGACCAUUUCCUUCAUGGAUGCUGCCAAAGGUGCCACCAAACACGUCACGGUAGACAAGAUUGUCGACUGUCCCCCAUGCAAGGGCUCAGGCGUCAAGGCAGGAAGCUCAAAAGAAACGUGCAAGACGUGCGGAGGUUCAGGCGUACAGACUAUCAUGGUGGGUGGAUUCCAUAUGCAAACCACUUGCGGUACUUGCGGAGGUGCAGGAAGCGCCAUCCCACCUGGCGCUGGAUGCACGUCAUGUAACGGCAUUGGCAGAGUUCGAGAACAAAAGACAAUACAAGUCAAUAUUCCGCCAGGAGUUGAUAACAAUUCCAGAAUUCGAGUGGCUGGUGAAGGUGAUGCUCCCAUGAAGGGCAGUGGUCCUCGCGGUGAUCUAUUUGUUUCAUUAAAUAUAUUACCAUCCAAGAUCUUUAGACGACAGGAGGCUGACGUCUUUGUAAACGCCAAGAUACCAUUCUACAAAGCCAUUCUCGGUGGCACUAUUCGAGUACCAACCAUUGAUGGAGAUGUCGAACUCAAGGUUCCUGCCGGAUCACAGCCAGAAGACAACAUUUCUUUACGAAGCAGAGGUAUUCGUCGUCUGCGCAGCACCACACGCGGCGAUCAAAUUGUUACAUUGAAAAUAGAAUUGCCAAGAUCCUUGCCUGAAAAGCAAAAAGAGAUCAUUGAGCGAUAUGCAGCCAUUGUGGAUUCGGAUUAUGCACCAAAGAGUGCCUCGGACGUAUCAUCGGAAGAUCACAGCAGCAGUGCUACGGACGAUGAAUCAAAGGGUUCCACAGACAAGGACGGAUUCUUCAAGAAUGCUUUUGGCAAGUUUAAGGGCAAGCUGUCUUCAGACGAAGAAGAAGACCAAAAGCCCAACAAAAAGAAGGAUUAGUGUAUCGAUUGUGUUUGGGGUGGCCAUUUCAAUGGUUUCCAAUGAUUUCAACGGUCGUCGAUUGCUUUUCAGUUGCCUUACAAUCGCUUUUAAUGACUUUCAUUUGAAUAGUGUUUAGAAUGAUAAAAGUAUCAUGGUAGAAAAUAAAAAUAAAAAAAAAUCACGUAGACAAAAAGAAGCCCCC